CCAUUUUUAAAGGGCCAUAGCCUCAGUGGCCGAUUGACUGUCGAAGUGUGCGGUCCGGUAAUUUAUGUCGAUAUAAUUUCAACAAAAAAAGACCCUAACAUACCCCCUCCAAGAAAUAUUCGCUGAAAAAAAUCGGGCUGAAUUAUUCUAUUUCGUGAUUGGCCCGUGAGAAUCGAAUGAUCAAUUUUCCAUCGUGUGUGUAUGAGUGAAAAUGUCAACGGCGUAAUCGAGUGUACCCCCUGGAUUGUUUAUCUCACAUUUUUGUGGUGCGAAAAGUGAGUGGUGGGGUUAAGAACCCCAGGGGGUCGAUAAUUUUGCCAGUUUAAUUGAAGGGUCAGGAAAACUUUCCAGUGGCUCGACUAUUUCAUUGUGAUUAUCGUCAUGUCCGCAAUUCCGCAUAUGUCGGGGGGCCUCUCCAAGCUCAAGAAGAAGCACUUUCGUGUCAAGCACCAAAAGGUCAAGCUUUUUCGUGCCAAUGAGCCCCUUCUCAGUGUUUUCAUGUGGGGUGUUAAUCACACGAUAAAUGAAUUGAGUCAUGUGAAUAUACCUGUAAUGCUCCUCCCCGACGAUUUUAGGGCAUACAGCAAACUCAAAGUCGACAAUCACCUCUUCAACAAAGAGAACAUGCCAUCACACUUUAAAAUUAAGGAGUACUGUCCUCUCGUGUUUCGAAAUUUACGCGAGAGGUUUGGGAUUGAUGAUUUGGACUACAAGGAAUCAAUGACGAGAUGUCGUGCAUUUAAUCCUUCGCGUCUCAAGCGACGUUCAAGAAUAACCGAUAAACGAGAAUUGUCCACAACCAACGAGAUAUCCAUGAAACAACGACAAAUGGUACAACGUUCAGCCACUGUUCCAACAAUAAAUGUAACAACACCGGGAAAUAAUGCGUCUAAAUUACUGAAUAUAAAUAAGCCACAACGUACCUACAGUUUUAAACCCAAACGACUGAGAUCGCAACCAACGCUUGAUGAUUCAUCGGGAAAAAGUGGAGCCAAGUUUUAUCAGUCCUAUGACAAAUUAUUUAUUAUCAAGACUAUGACAAGCGAGGAGGUCGAAAGAAUGCACUCGUUUCUCAAGCAGUAUCAUCCAUACAUAGUUGAAAGACACGGAAAGACCCUUCUCCCCCAGUACCUGGGUAUGUAUCGGCUGACAGUAGACGGAGUGGAGCACUACGUAGUGGCGAUUCGAAACGUCUUCUCGAACCACCUCACAACGCACAAAAAGUUCGACUUGAAGGGUUCGACAGUGGAUCGCGAGGCAUCCGAUAAAGAAAAGGAAAAAGAUCUCCCCACGUACAAGGACAACGAUUUCGUCAAGGAAGGGAUGAAGAUCUACAUCGGUGAGGAGGCGAAAUCAAAGCUCAUUGAGACUCUCACAGCAGACGUCGAUUUUCUCACGAGGCUUCACCUCAUGGAUUAUUCCCUGCUCCUUGGCCUUCACGAUUGCGCGAGGGCUGAACAGGAGAAUAGGGAGCGGGCUGAGAGGGAGGAGGAUGAGGAGAAUCACGACGACGAGGAUGAUAGUGAGUCGGGAAGUGGUUUGGACUCUAGGGGACCUGGAAUAGACAGAGUUUGGGGGUGGUCCGGGGUAACUGGUAUGACAACACCACCUGAGUCACCACAUGCUGCUCUCAUGAGGGAUGCCAGCUUACAGUACGAUGAUGCCAUUAUUCCAGAGCUCGAUAUCUACGCUAUUCCUAGCAAGGAGGGGGCCACCAAUAAGGAGAUUUAUUUUUUGGCUAUUAUUGAUGUACUGACGCAUUACGGAGUUAGGAAGCAAGCUGCAAAGGCCGCUAAAACUGUUAAAUAUGGGGCUAAUGUCGAUGGAAUAUCCACUUGUGAUCCGGAGCAGUAUGGGAAGAGGUUUAUCGAGUUCAUGAGCAAGGCUAUUGAGUAAGACGAGAUUUUAUUGAUAUUUUUGAGGCUUUAACGGUGAGAUUGAUCGAUGGGGGGUCGAUUGACGCGGGAUUUUUUAGCCAUUUGAGGGCAGGAGAUUUAUUUUUUUGUUUACCGUAAAAUUUUCAGUAACUAUUUUCAUAUAUGUCUAUAAUUUAAAGCGAUUUCCACCAAAAAUGAAUUGAGCUGUCAUUAAGUUUUCAAUUUGUUUCUGCAACAGAAAAAAUCUUAUCAGGAGUACUUUUCACAUUUAAAAAGGUGAUCAAAUCGAGCUUUCAUCUAUAGAAAAAUAUGAAGGCAUGAGAAAAUGAAUUGCCCUCAAGUGAAACUGACUAAUCCUGCCUGACUACUCAAUCAAUCAUCGAUUCCCAUCACUGCAUUAUCAUCGAUAAAAAUCAUGUCUUAUCUUCUCAUUCCUAGCGUCGAGUUUCUUCACCUUCACACAAAGAAGAAUAGCAAUUUCCGUAUUUGCUCUUGUGAUUAAUGUUUUUUUUAGCUUUGAGUGCGAGGCACAUGUUGAAAAAAAAAUUAAUGAUGGGUAUGAAAGAAUUCGAAUGGAUAAGCGACAAAGAGAGAUUUUGGAACAAAUCAAUAAUACAAUAAGAAUAAAUGUUGACUCGAUUAUAUUGAGAAAGAAAAACACUAUUAAUCAUUACUCCUAUUGAUAAACGUUUUUUAUAAUUAAUGAGAAUUUUAAUCGAUAAAUGCCCAUACUUAAUAUAAAAUUUAUUUUUUAAACAUUUAAGGUAAAACCACUAUCUAGUCCUCAAUUUUUAUUUCGCGUCUAAUUCAUUCCUCUCGAAAAUUUCCUUUUUUUUAUUUGUUACUUCAACAUUGAAACGGAGACGCCUCCUUGUAUGUUCAUUGUUUCAAUACGUUUAAUAAACAAAAAAUAAUUGAAAUUAAAAUAUUCAGAUGUAAGGAAAAAUGAAAAGAUACGCUCACUCAUUUUUAUUUUGCGUCCUAGAUUCAAGAAAUUUAAUUAAGAACAAUAUUCUCAUUUUUGUUUUCUUUUUUCUAACGUCGAAAUGUCUUUUUUAUGAAGAAUUCUUCACUCUUAGCUUAUUCAUAUCAACAAUUGCCAAUGCUAUUAUUUUUAUUCUGUUAAAGAAAAUGAAGAAGAUAUACGCAACUAUUUUUCUCCCACUAAUCUACACAAAAUACGAAACUUAACACCCUCAAAAAAUGUAAUUUUUCAAGUUUGAUUAGAAAAUUCACUUAGUGAUUAUUUUUCACGAAACAACUAUUUUUCAGUGACAAUACGACUUCUUUGUUCAUGAAUUUUUCCUAAUAAACAACGGAGAGAUAUAAUUUGAAUUUAAAUUGAAAGAAAAAACUGGUUUUAAUCAGUAAAGAAAUUGCAUAUAUAUAUAUAUACGCAAUUCAUAUAUAUGUAUAUAUAUUCAGUAUUCACCGGUCGGUAAAAUGUAUCGGCUAGAUUGUCCAGGAAUUAUAGGUAUUAAUGAAUGAAUUGGAAGAGGCAGGAGGUACGAGAAUAAUAAAGGAAAUUACGAAUUAAA